AUGAUGUCCGCUAGACCCGUCGUUCGCUCGGUUCCUAGAGCAUCGCGCGCCAUCCGCGUUCCCCGCCAACAGCCCAUCCGCUUCCAGUCCACCACAACCUCCUCAUCAACAACAGGCAGCGCAGGCUCGGGUAGCUCCCAUUUUGGAGCUGGCGUCGCCGGUGGUAUCGCUGGUGCCGGUCUCUUCUUCGCCAUCUAUUCCUUCACUCCCGCGGGUCGCGCCGCCUCCAAGGUCAACAAGGCCGCGAAGGAGGCUGAGAAGAAAUACACAGCUGCCGCCCAGAAGCUGCAGGAAAACACCCCUUCCCCCGACCAGGCCAUCGACUACAUUAAGCAGUUUGCUUACUCCUACGUCGCCUGGAUCCCCGGCGGACGUUCCUACGUCGACUCUGCCUUCAAUGACUUUGAGACCGUCCGCAAGAAUCACAAGGAGGAGGCCGACGAGAUUGUCAACGAUGCUUACAAGCAGUUCCAGGAGGUCGCCAAGGCUGGCCUGAGCCUUGACGCCGUCCACAAGGCCUACGAAGUUCUGGCCGACAUUUCCAAAAAGAUCGCCAGCCUCGGUGGCGACGCCAUUUCCGACAUUGUCGACAACCACCCUCAGCUCAAGGAGAAGCUCGGCGGCAACGUUGACCAGCUCAAGGACAUGGGAGCCAAGUAUGGCCCCGAAGCCAAGAAGCAGGUCGACGAGACAUGGAAGCAGGUCCAAGAUGUUCUGGCCGGUGGCUUCACCGCCAGCAACUUUGAGAAGGCCCGCAAGGUCAUAGAGGAGAAGGUCGAGCAGGUCCGCAAGCUCGGCGAUGAGGCCUGGAAGAAGGCUUUCGAGGAGGCUAAGCCCUACCUCAACAAGAACCCCAAGGUUAAGGAGCUGGUCGAGCAGAACGUUGACGCCCUCAAGCAAGGCAACGCCAAGGAACUCUUCGAAAGGGCCAAGAAGGCCGUGGAGUCGGGUGACCUGGGGGGCCUAGAGAGCUACGUCGGCGACGCCGUCGACAAGGCCAAGUCCAAGGGCUCCAAGCUCGGCGAGAGCUUCGGCCUCGACCAGUACUUUAAGAUGAUUCCCGACGGCGACCAGAUCAUGCCCAAGCUGAAGCAGCUGCGCGAGGUUGCCGACAAGCACAAGGAUGAGGGCGAGAGACUCUUGAAGGAGACGAUUGAGGAGAUCAAGAAGGUCCUCGAGAACAAAGCCCAAAAGGCCGAGGAGAUCGCCGACAAGGCGAAGAAGGAGGCCAAAUAG